AUGAGGCGAAUCAUGGGAGCCUGGGAGGCUAUGAAAUCCGAUGGUCUUAACGACGAGGUGGAGUCAAGCUUAUCAUGCUUCGAAAAUACACAGGGGAACAUGGUGGACGCGGAGAACUCUUUCCGUCCAUCAUUGGAUGAUGUUGGCAACGUUAUCGACCUACGGUCAUGUUCACAAUACAGUCACAGCAGUGCAAGCUUCUCGCGGCAAUCACACGGAGAUGCCAACGAUGAAGAAUUUACAACGGGAAUUUCCUCCCCGAUCCAGUCUGAGCAGCCGAAGCCGUCUCAAGAACAGACCGAGACUAAUUUGAUGGUGGAAGAUACGCGCGCACUACCGGAGAGGUCCGAAGUUCCUGAGGUGCCUGAAGAGCCUGAAGAGCCUGGAGUGCCUGAAGUGCCCGAAGUACCUGGAGUAUCUGAAGAGCCUGAAGAGCAUGAAAUUUCUGAAGUGCCCGAAGUGCCUGAUUGGAGCGCCAGUGACCAACAUGAAGUCAGAUGGGAGCACGUUGCCUCUGCCCAGGUCUUCUCAUACUGUGCAUCAUGCGGCAAAUUAUCGACCCCAUAG